UGUAACUUUACUCUAGCCGUCUACAUGAGCGCGAGACUCCAGAUCAACAGCAACACCAGCAUGGGGCUAUUAAACACGGCGGGAAGUCAACAAAGUCCGAGAAGAAUCGCCAUCAAAGACUCGAUCUAACCAACUUCUGAGGGGGAAAAAAGACAUUUUGGACCGUGUGUUCCGGGUUUUGACACCAUCUCUGUUUUGUCAACCAAAGUGACGCUCGCAGAAAGUUGUAGUGUUAUAGUUGCGUUUGCGCACGCAUGGACUUGUUUGUUUUUGUCAUUUAAUAGAAGAAAGUAGAGCUCCAGGUCUCUAAUGCAAUGACCACUAACUACAGAGAGGAGCUGGACUUCAGACUGAUGUUUGGGGAGAGCAGUUAUCCGUCUUCGCCGGGCCACGCAGAAUCCAGAUCGGAUGAUGAUGCCAACUGCUACCCUCUCUUUCCUCCUGGGCCUCACCAUCCCCCAGAACAGCAGGACAGCUAUGCAAACCAGUCUUAUGGCACCCCUCACCCUGGUUCCCUCCAACCCAUGGAGUCUCCCAGCAGGGUAUUUGACUGUCCUAGCAUCCAAAUCACCUCUAUCACAGCCAACUGCCACCAGGACCUGGGUGCGCACCAGUUGGACGAGUUGGCAGGUGCAUGUGGGGAAGCCGGUGCUGGGUCUCUAUCAAGGGACCAGCUCUUUCUGCCAUUGGAUGCAUCCUACAGGGACACGUCCUCACUGUGUCCCAGCCCCUGCAGUAGUUUGUCCUCCCGCAGCUGGUUGUCUGACGCCUCGUCCUGCGAAUCCUUCUCGCACAUCUACGAUGAUGUGGAGGCAGAACUGAAUGAGGCAGCCGCUCAAGUUCAGCUGUCUUCUCCUCUAGUGUCACCGCUGGCGUCUCCUCUGCCGUCCCCACUAACUUCUCCCCAGGCGUCUCCUCAAGUGUCUCCUCUUGUGUCCCCCUUUGGUUCUCCUCUGGCUGCAUAUGGAGAUGACCCUUGGUACCGUUAUCAACAACAUCAUCAGCAACCUCUACAAUAUCAUUACGCCCAAUCGCUGUCACCAUAUCAGUCACCCCGCACCAGCAUCACUGAGGAAACGUGGCUCAGUCCCCGUCCACAAUCCUCAUCCUCGCGGCCUUCUUCUCGGCCAACCUCGCCAUGUGGAAAAAGGCGACAUUCCAGUGCAGAGGUCAUUCCCGGUUUGGCAUCUCCGCACCUUUCCCCCAACGUAACACCGUCUCACUCUCCUCGGGGGAGUGUCACUGAGGAGACAUGGAUGGGAGGUGCCACAUUUGCCCCCUACCAGACCCCUCCACUGGAGGUAGACAUCCCAUCCAAAACAAGAAGAACGUAUCAGACCAACCACAACCAGCAUCAAGUGGCUCUGUUACCAGAGGGCUCAAGUCUUCAAGACCCAGGUCUUGCAAAUCCAUCGCUAAACUCAGGCAUAGCCGUGUCCCUCCCCAGUUUAAAGAAAGAGGAUAUAGUGGAACAUUUCUUAGCCGUCCCAACACACCCUUGGGUUAGAUCCAAACAAGUCAGCACUCCUUUAUACAGGUCCACAUCUUUACCUCCACUGGACUCUCCUCUGCCCAAUCAGUGUGGCCAGUGUGAGUUAAAAAUUGAGAUCCAACCUAAGCCUCACCACAGAGCCCAUUAUGAGACGGAGGGCAGUCGAGGGGCCAUUAAAUCAGACUGUGGAAGGCACCCCGUUGUAAAGCUAACAGGGUAUAAUGAAAAACCCGUCAGCCUGCAGAUGUUCAUCGGGACAGCGGAUGAGCGUUACAUCAGGCCACACCUAUUCUAUCAAGUGCACAGGAUUACUGGGAAAACCGUCGCGACGCCGAGUCAAGAGACAGUGAUAUCCUGCACCAAAGUUCUUGAAAUUCCUCUCCUGCCUGAAAACAAUAUGUGUGCCAGCAUUGACUGUGCUGGGAUCCUGAAGCUACGGAAUUCAGACAUCGAGCUGCGGAAAGGAGAGACGGAUAUCGGGCGUAAAAACACACGUGUGCGUGCUGUGUUCCGUGUUCAUAUCCCUCAACACAAUGGAAAAGUGCUGUCACUGCAGGUGGCGUCCAUGCCUAUAGAAUGCUCUCAACGAUUAGCUCAGGAACUUCCCCAAAUCGAGAGCUUUAGUCCCACCUGUGGUACUGUGACUGGAGGAGAAGAGAUGCUUAUAACAGGCCAAAACAUCAAUCCAGAGUCAACAGUUGUCUUCCUAGAAAAGGGCUCUGAUGGUAAAACACAAUGGGAGUUCGAUGUGAGGGCUCUACAAGAAAAGAGUCAAAAUACAAGCAUAGUGGUAAAGAUUCCUCCGUACUACAAGAAAACCACGGCUUCCUCCACCCAGGUGCAGUUCUAUGUUAGCAAUGGCAAGAAGAAGAGAAGUGCCUCACAGUUCUUCACCUAUCUUUCAGCGCAGGUCAAGCAGGAGUUUAGCAUAAGGACGGACCUUAACACCAAUGACCUUGCAGGGCAGCAUCCUACCACCUCCCCAGCAGGUCUCACCACUAUUGGAGACCCAGUUGCUUCGGACAAAGUCCAGCCUCUUGAGCAGUGGCUGCUGUCUGAAGGGACAGUCUGUGCUCCAUCUUCAAGCCAUCUCAGUUACUCACCUCAGGAUCCUCUGUAUCUGAGCCACUCUCAUCCAGCAGACAGAAGCCUCAAUGCUGAAGCAGACCUCUACCCUAUGUUCCACCCCUUAUUGGUGGAUUUCAGCAACUCUUUGUACCAAAAACCUCAACAAGAUCUGUCUUACAAAGGGCAACCUAGUCUUCCAGUGGCUGGUGGUUCACUGCAAGGCUGCAAGUCACUCCAAAUCUUAGCAGAGCAACCAAGGUCUCAACUAGGCAAAGGAUACCAAGGCAUUCCUUCAAAACAAAAUCAUAAUCUCCACAACCUUGGGCCUGCCUCAGUGUCCAAUACACCCAUGAUAACUAGCCCAAAUGUGAAUACAUCUGGUCUGUAUGCAGUGGAUCCAGUGCAAUUCCCACACUCCUCGUCUUCCCAGGUGCUUCCUCUUUCUCAUCAGCCUACUCUUGCCAAAGUGCCUUUUAACUCACCGUCUGUCAGAAAGAGUUUGAUGGACCCUCAGCCUUUCGGUGCAUCUCUUCAGGAGUCCAUCAAAAGUUACAAUAUGUCACAAGGUGGAGAACGCGUCACCAUUAAACAGAAUCCAAAGGAAGAGAAAGAGCUAGCCUUUCGGUCCAUAGGCCUACAGGAUAUCACUCUUGAUGAUGUAAGUGAAAUCAUUGUAAGAGACUUGUUUGAGACUCCAGAUUCAGGGAAUGCCAACAGUGUGCCGUAGCUUCACUCCUGGACAAAAUGACCCACCGAUUAGAAGAUCGAUGGAAAUGGUGCAUCUUGCAUAGGACGUCAGUACUGCUACAGAGCUGAUAAUCCGAGAACUGGACAUCUCAUUGUAACUGUUUUUGGUCUCAGCAUCUUGCAUUACUGCACAUGUAGAAAAUAUUUUCUAUGAGCAAUGCCAUGUACAUAACAUUUUCAGCCUAGUAGAGGAUGCAUUCAAUCAUUAUUAUUUGUAUUUUUUUUAUUUUUUUUUAUUUUGACUGAGCAAAUCAAAUGUGAAUGUAAAAUAUUUACCAGUCAUAGUUUUUGAUUCAAUAUGUGCCUUAACCAGACAUGCCUUUUAUUAUCCUUUUGAAAUAAUUUGAUUGUAAAUGUAAAAUCUAUUCUAGAAAUGUAUGAUAAUCAUAAGAAGCGUAGAAAGGAUUAUUAAGACGGAAAUAUGCAGCAUUGUGCAUAUAAAGCACAGUCCCAUGUGUUCACUGUAAAGAACCGUUACCUGUUUGGCAUUUCAGUAGAUAUGUUUCUCAAACUUUUACUCUUGCUUAGUCCUUUGAAAUGCCUUUGUAUUUAUGAAUUUUUUCUGAACAUUAAAUACAUUUUGUG